CAGUGGAACCGAGAGUGCUGGAGAAGCAGUGGUGAUAAAAAGAGGCUUCCAAGAGAAAGCUAGGGAGCCAAGAAGCCCUUCGCCACAGGAUUGCAACUCUAUAAAUUCCCAGUGGUCAGGCUGAUAGGUGAAAGGAGCUGUUUGAGACUGACCUGAAAUAUUUCUGAGGAACGAUGUUUGGCCAGGGAGCCAUGGAGCCGGGAGAAGUGAGCCCUCAGCAGAUAAGGCAAGUGCUGCUUUUCUUUGUUUUCCUGGGAGGGUCUUUGGUGUGUUCAGAGACCUGGCACUAUUCUGUGGCAGAGGAAACGGAGAUCGGAUCCUUUAUAGGCAACGUGGUGAAAGACAUAGGUUUGGGUGUGGAAGACCUGGCUGCACGGGGAGCCACAGUCAUCUUUGACGACUAUAAGCCAUACUUGCUUUUAGAUCAGCAGACUGGCAACUUGCUCUUAAAUGAGCAACUGGACCGGGAGGCACUUUGCGAUUUCACUGAGCCAUGUAUAUUGCAUUUCCAGGUAUUAUUUGAAAAUCCUUUGCAAUUUUUUCGGGCUGAGCUUUGGGUCAAAGACAUAAAUGAUCACACUCCCACAUUCCUAGACAAACAUAUACUUCUGAAAAUCUCAGAAAGUACUGCUCCAGGAACCUCAUUCCAGAUGGAUAGUGCUCAGGACUUGGAUAUAGGGAAGAAUGGUGUCCAAAACUACACAUUAAGCCCCAAUCCUCAUUUCCACCUUAAACUGCAAGACAGUGACGAGGGCAGAAAAUACCCAGAGCUGUUACUGGACCAAUCUCUUGAUCGAGAAAAGGAGCCUGAACUUAAAUUAACGCUAACAGCCCUGGAUGGUGGGUCUCCGCCCAGAUCUGGAACUGCACUGGUGCGUGUGUUGGUCUUAGAUAUCAAUGACAAUGCCCCAGAGUUUGAGAGGCCCCUCUAUGAGGUUCUGGUACCAGAAAACAGCCCUCUGAACUCCUUGGUUGUCAAGGUGUCUGCUACAGAUAUAGAUGCAGGAAUAAAUGGAGAACUAUCUUAUUCAUUUUCCCACGUCUCCAGAGACAUACGGAAAACAUUUGAAAUCCAUCCAAUUUCUGGUGAAGUCCGUUUAAAAGCGCUUCUGGAUUUUGAGUUAAUUCAAUCUUAUACAAUAAAUAUUCAGGCCAUUGACGGUGGUAGCCUUUCGGGAAAAUCAUCAAUGUUAGUUCAUGUUGUAGAUGUGAAUGACAACCCACCAGAAAUAGUCAUAACAUCUCUUGCCAGUCCCAUCCCAGAAAAUUCGUCGCCUGAAAUGGUGGUCGCUGUUUUUAGUCUACGAGACCAAGACUCUGGGGACAAUGGGAGGAUGGUUUGCUCAAUUCAGGAAGAUCUUCCCUUUCUCUUGAAGCCUACCUUCAAAAAUUUCUACACCUUGGUAACAGAGAGCCCACUGGACAGAGAGAGCAAAGCCAAAUAUAAUAUCACCAUCACCGUCACAGACAUGGGGACUCCCAGGCUGAAAACCCAGCACAACAUAACAGUGCUGGUGUCCGACGUCAACGACAACGCCCCCGCCUUCACCCAGGCCUCCUACACCCUGCGGGUCCGCGAGAACAACAGCCCCGCCCUGCACAUCGGCACCGUCAGCGCCACAGACACAGACGCCGGCGCCAACGCCCAGGUCACCUACUCGCUGCUGCCGCCCGCCGACCCGCACGUGCCCCUGGCCUCCCUCGUGUCCAUCAACGCCGACAACGGCCACCUGUUCGCCCUGCGGUCCCUGGACUACGAGGCCCUGCGCGCCUUCGAGUUCCGCGUGGGCGCCGCCGACCGCGGCUCGCCGCCGCUGAGCAGCCAGGCGCUGGUGCGCGUGCUCGUGGAGGACGACAACGACAACGCGCCCUUCGUGCUGUACCCGCUGCAGAACACCUCGGCGCCCUGCACCGAGCUGCUGCCCAGGGCGGCCGAGCCGGGCUACCUGGUGACCAAGGUGGUGGCGGUGGACGGCGACGCGGGCCAGAACGCCUGGCUGUCGUACCAGCUGCUCAAGGCCACGGAGCCCGGGCUGUUCGGCGUGUGGGCGCACAACGGCGAGGUGCGCACGGCCAGGCCGCUGAGCGAGCGCGACGCGGCCAGGCACAGGCUGCUGGUGCUGGUCAAGGACAAUGGCGAGCCGCCGCUGUCGGCCAGCGUCACGCUGCACGUGCUGCUGGUGGACGGCUUCUCGCAGCCCCACCUGCCGCCCCCGGAAGCGGAAGCGGAAGCGGAGGCGGCGGCCGCGGCGCCGGCCGACCCGCUCACCGUCUACCUGGUGGUGGCCUUGGCGUCCGUGUCGUCGCUCUUCCUCUUCUCGGUGCUGGUGUUCGUGGCGGUGCGGCUGUGCGGGCGGGGCGGGGCUGCGCGGGCGGGUCGCUGCUCGGUGCCCGAGGGCCCCUUCCCGGGCCACCUGGUGGACGUCAGCGGCACCGGCACCCUGUCCCACAGCUACCAGUACCAGGUGCGUCUGACCGAAGGUACUGGGACCAGCGAGUUGAAAUUCCUUAAACCCGUUAUCCCUAAAUUCCCGCCCCAGGGCACUGAAAGGGAGGAAAGCCACACCUUUCUGAAUGGCUUUGAUUUAAAUUAGAGAUUUUAUUAUCAUGCAGAACUUUUAGAAUGAGUGCUGUUUCUUUGUAAAAAUGUAUUCAUUGUAAUGCAAAAUUACAUUUUGGGUAACUUCAUUUUACUUAAGAGUUUUGAGAAAUUUCAAUAAUUUAAAUCUAUUCUCUGCUCAUUAACCGUGAAAAAACGAAGGGAGCUAGGAUUUGCUUAGUCUUUCUUUCAAAAUGCAACCUCAAAUAAUUUAUUCAGAUAUACAGCAGUUUCUAUUCAACUUAAUUGCACACUUGGCUCAGUCAUUCUCUGGGUGUUAUGGACUCCAGAACCUCUCAUCAAGACAAUUUUUCCAUGUUUGAUAUAGUAUUAUUAUAGAGGAAAAUGGAUGGUAGGAAUAAAA